CAAACCUUCAACCUAGCUAACAUUAGCUAACUUAGACCAGCAUUAACGUUCCCAGCUCGGUAUUAGCGGGCUGGGAACACAGACGCCCCUGUGUUUUUACCAGCAGAGGGCGCAGUGAAGGGAGGCUUCAUUUUCGUUUUAGCUGUUUGAGGAUGCACGCAAGGACAAGAAAGAAGUGUGAGAGCACAUCGUCCCAAAGUUGUGUCUGCUGGCUUGGACACACUGAGUGAGUGAGUGAGUGUGUGUAUGUAUGUGUAUGUGUGUGUAAGGGUGGAUGUUUGUAUGGAUGUGCUUCACUGCAUGCAGAUUUAGGACCUGAUGGAAAAGAGAGACAGGAAGCCGGGAUAUUUUGCCAGUUAGUAGAUCAGCAAGGACAGCACAGCAGCAUCGCAUUGAUGGGAGAGUCUAGAGAUAUCCAACUAAGGCUGAAAAGGCGGAGACAGCUCAAGCAGAGCCAGUCAGAGAAGAAUGUCAAUGAGCAGAGCCCAGCGAUCAUCUCCUGUCCAGACAUCCCAAAUGACAGUGACCCCAACAAGAAGACAGACCUACAGAGAAUAACAGCAAAGCCACCUGCAGGCUCAGAUGAAUGCUGUAAAAGUAACAAUCAGGCAAAGAGGGAGAAGAGGAGGCCACCAGGGACAGUGGAGGUCAUUGUGGAACCUAAUGAUUCCCUCAACAGCAUCGCACUCAAGUUCAACAUCACCCCAAACAAGCUGGUCCAGCUAAACAAGCUCUUCUCUCGCAGUGUCUACCCUGGUCAGAAGCUGUUUGUCCCUGAUGUGAGCCAGUCAGAAACUGACCUAAAGUCUCCGAGUUCCUCUGGUCCCUCCUUCACAAACGGCUUGUCAGAGAGUGCAUCACAUGAUGGCAUUUCAAACUGCAUGCCAGCAAAGUCCAUCCGGCGUGAGCUCUCCCCAAACUCGGAGGACGAGAGCCCAGCAACGGUUAAAUUCAUCAAGAUGAGCUGCAAAUAUUUCACUGAUGGCAUGGGAGUGGUGGGAGGCGUGCUGAUUGUGACACCCAAUAACAUCAUGUUUGACCCCCACAAAUCCGACCCCCUGGUGAUCGAGCACGGCUGUGAGGAGUACGGCCUGAUCUGCCCCAUGCAGGAGGUCGUCUCUGUGGCGCUGUAUGAUGACGUGUCACGCAUGAAGCUCAAAGAUGCUCUGCCGUCAGACCUACCCCAGGAUUUGUGUCCUGUGUACAGGCCCGGCGAGUGGGAGCAACUGCCUUCAGAGCGGGAUCUGAACCCCUUCAGCCGCUAUGAAGCUCUUGAUCCGAAGCGACCAAUCAUCUUGGACGACAUCGAAUCAGCACUCUCAGAAACUGCAGGGAGCACAGAGGGCAAGCAGACGGAGAAGUCUCCGUCAGACGAAGGAUUCACAGAAUUGGAGCCAACUGUCAACGGGAGCACUGAAGAGGCGGAGGGGACGUCCUCCAAAACACCCAUCAUUGCCAGCAGGGACCAACUAGGACCAAGCUGCACAGGCCAGGGACUCUUUCAGGACACGUCGAUGCUUGGUCAAAUUAAAGGGAAGCUGGAUGAUCAAGAGGAUGAGGGCGUAGCUCAGAGCAGCUCCAUUGAUGAUGGAGAGUCGAUACAAUCCUCUUCAGAGACUGAAAAACAGGGUGACUCGCAGGAUAUACCUACAAGCCAAGAGGUAACUGAAACCAAAGAUAUAAAACCUCAAGGGGCCGAAGAGCUGCUAAAUGGUGCACAUGAUAAAAUAAUCAACGCACCAGUGGACCAAAACAGGAAGUUGAGUCUGAAGGAGGCUUCAGAGGUUUGUGGGAACUCGAGUCCGAAGAGACAAAGCCCAGACAGACCAGCAGGUGGGGCUGAAUUCAGUGAGGAGGAGAGACGGAAGAAAAACUAUGAGGCAGAAGUGACGUCAUGGCUGCUGAAGAGGAUGCAGGCUCCAAUAGAAGACAUGCUUUUCUCAUCAGAGGAGAAGAGUAAAAACCCACCUAUGUUCCUGUGCUUCAAAGUGGGAAAGCCAAUGAGGAAGUCCUUUGCCUCUGGGAUGACCUCUAGUCCCGCCCACUCAUUUGGGGGUCGGGGGAAACAGCCAGAGUACUGGUUUGCUGUGCCACAAGAAAGGGUGGACCAGCUGUAUGCAUUUUUCGUCCAGUGGUCUCCGGAUGUGUACGGGAAGGAGGCUCGAGAGCAGGGCUUUGUUGUGGUGGAGAAAGAUGAGCUGGACAUGAUAGACAACUUCUUCAGUGACCCUGCAUCUUGCAGCUGGGAGAUCAUCACCAUUGAUGAGGCUAAGCGUAGGCAGAGUUUCGGCAGCUGUGACGGAGACUUGUCCGUGGAUACGCUGCCCAUGCUCAGUGAUACCAGUGAUCUGCUGCAGGACACACACAUUGAGAAGCUUGCCUGUCGCCUGCCAGCCCGUGUGCAGGGUUACCCCUGGAGACUGGCUUACAGCACUGUGAAACAUGGGACCAGCCUGAAGACUCUGUACAGGAGCCUGGCAGACGUGGACAGUCCUGUGCUUCUCGUCGUCAAAGACAUGGAUAACCAGAUAUUUGGGGCAUUCUCGACUCAUCCCUUCAGAGUGAGUGAACACUGCUACGGCACAGGAGAGACAUUCCUCUACAGCUUCUGUCCUGAGAUCAAGGUGUACCGCUGGACGGGGGAGAAUUCUUACUUUGUGAAGGGCAAUAUUGAUUCUCUGCAGAUGGGAGGAGGAAGUGGUCAGCUGGGUCUGUGGCUGGACGCUGAGCUGUACCGAGGCACCACCACCAAAUGCGCCACCUUCAACAACCAGCCGCUCUCCACACAGCAGGACUUCAACAUCCACAGUCUGGAGGUCUGGACCUUCGAGUAGCCUCACCUGCUCCAGCUACGUCCACAUUCGCUCUCCGCUCCAAACCUUCAAACACCCCCCAAGUCUAUUACGCACCACUUGGAGGCAAACCUAGCUACCCCACACUAAAUAUCCUGUGAGCGAAGACAGAAAGCAGCCUGUGCAGUUCUUAUGUUGACUGAAAACAGAACGGAAAGUCUUCUGUAGCCUGUUUUGAGGUGGGUUUGGCCAGUUUAUGUCUGGUUCAUUCAUCCUUCAAAGGUGGAAGCGUGAGAAAAUGCUGUUGCUUUCAGUUCAUUGGCUGCCUUAGACGUCUGACAACGCCUCCAGCUUUCCCAGCAUGCAGACUGCCUUAAUAAUAUAAGCUUAUGAGGAGAGUGAACGGAGGAAGGCUGCUGAUGUUAAUGUUGAAGUUAUCCCCCAAAAAGUUGAUUUUAUGUGUGUAUGAAAGAACAAGAUGUCCCAUAAUGCUGUAGGUGUAUUUGUGCAGAGAUAAUGGUUGAUUUGUAUGUUUAGGAAUGUACAGGAUUAUGAACUGAAGAGGUUUGAAAUGAUGGUAUAUUUUUUUUUUUUUUUUUUUUUUUUUUUUUACGACGCAAUGAAUAUCAAAUGUGAAGGAAGUGGAAGUUGCCAGGGAGAUUUUUGGAUCCUCCACCAUUAAAUUAACUUUGACUUAUGGGAACUAUUUCUAAUUGUUUACAAUGGAAGUGUUGAACUUCCCCUGAAGGCCGUUUCAUUGUCUUAUUUUGAGUUUUAGAUGAACUGAAUGAGACUCUUUCAUUGCAUUUCCUUAUAACUACAUAUAAUGUUUUCAUUCACUGUAUUAUCCUAAACAAGUGGUAAAACCAGGAAAUGUUUGCAGUGACCAAAUAUGUUCUAUUUUAAUUUCAUAUUUGUUGUGAGCUCAUAUAAAAGAUUUUAGAUUUUUUAUUUUUCCAUUCUGUUUUUACAAAGAAUGCUCAGUUGUUGUUUUUUUUAAUUGUUGUACUUUCAUAGAAAUGUUGUGUUAAACAUGUCUGUUUCUGCCUGGACCCAACAAGCACCAGAAAUGACUGUUGUCAGUAUUGAAUUCAUAUCUCAUGCCGACUUUAUCUCUUUGAUUUUUCAUUUGUGGUCAUUGUUGUCACAGUUAGUAGAAGUUUAACAUGAUGUCACUUUGCACUACAGGAUUGAUCGACAGUCGAUGCUGUGUUGUGGCCCUAUGUGUAAUUAAAGCAUUUCUUCAAUGUAAAAUUGUUACUGAAUGUUGUUUGAUCACCACUGCAGGAGGGACGCUUACUGUCCGACCACAGGUUAGUCUGCUUCACAUCAUGGGUGGAAAAGGGAUUUUCUGUUUUUGCACUCUGGUAUGCCACUAACUAAAAAUUCAGAUCUACUAACAUGGAAAAUAAAUGUUCAUUUAUAUCCUGUGUAUGUGACACAGGCUUGUAGUGCAUGAAUAUGCAGUACCGCAAAUUUCUGACACCUCUGUUAUGAAUCCUGCCAUACUAUUCACUAAUGCCAGUUAUCGCUUCAUGUGAAAAUGAGCUUUGUUGUCUUUAGCUGUUCAGUGUUGUAACUGUGAAUGCUCCCCGAGUAUUAUUUCUUGUGAAUCCAAAACUGCUGUGGUCUGUGAUAUCACUAAGAAUCUAUUUAUUGUGUUGUUAUGGCAACCACAUUUAAACCUAAAUAAAUGUUAAAUAUACACAUAAA